AUGUCACCAGCCAAUAUGUAUCGGCAACGGCCUGGCCUCGGCUGUCUCACGGCCGUGCUCAACAUCACCGGCGUCCUCGCCUGCCAGCAAGAUUUUGACAGUCCCUCUGGGGUCAACCAUCUGCACCAUACUCGCCCUGUCAUUAACGCUCGCCAGGAUAGUCCCAUCCCCGUCUUGUCAGAAGCUGAGUCUUUGCUGGUAAAUUCGUUCGAUAACACGUCAAUCGAUAGCUGGUCUUAUUAUUACACACAUGGCUAUCACGUCGCGGGCGGCAACAAGACCAUGGCCCAGUGGACCGCAGAUCAGUGGUCGUCAUUCGGUGUGCCCGCGUCCCUGGUCGAGUACUGGGUAUUUCUAAACUACCCCAUCUCUCAGUCGGUCUCUCUGGAGCUUCCAGACGGCAGCAGCCACUCGGCGGUCCUCAUCGAGGAGAUUUUAAGCCAGGACGAGACCACGUCAUACCCCAACAGUGUCCCGGCGUUUCACGGCCUCUCGUAUAGUGGACAGGAGUCGGCGGAGUAUGUCUACGUCGGCAGAGGCCAGCAGGUAGACUUUGACCGUCUGAAGGCCCUCGGCGUCCCUCUCGAAGGCAAAAUUGCGGUUGCCAAGUACGGCGGCCCAUUCCGUGGGCUCAAGGUAAAGAAUGCCCAGCAGAACGGGAUGAAGGCCGCCGUCAUCUUCACAGACCCGGGUGAUGAUGGAAAUGUCACAGAGGCUAACGGUUAUGCACCAUAUCCUUCUGGCCCUGCAAGAAAUCCAACAAGCAUUCAGCGCGGCUCCGUGCAGUUUCUCUCGCAACGGCCCGGGGACCCAACCAGCCCUGGCUAUCCAUCCAAACAAGACUCUCCCAGGGCUGACACUUCCGACGUCACUCCACGUAUUCCUUCGGUGCCGAUCUCGUGGAAGGAUGCCGUACCACUUCUUGCCGCACUUGACGGGUUCGGAGUGGCCGGGGAACAAGUGAACCGGUCAGGUUGGAUAGGCGGCCUGAACGUCACUUACAGUACGGGGCCAGCCCCUGGAGCAGUUAUUUCUCUCUCUAAUGAAAUGGAGGAAACAAUUACUCCCAUCUGGAAUGCUGUUGGUGUGAUUAAUGGAACCUACCCAGACUACACGGUAGUGAUCGGCAAUCAUCGAGAUGUAUGGAUCGUGGGUGGUGCAGCUGACCCGAAUUCGGGGUCAGCGGUGAUGGUUGAGCUUUCAAGGGCGUUCGGCAAGCUCUUGUCCACCGGCUGGAGACCAAGGAGGAACAUUGUCCUCUGCAGCUGGGACGCUGAGGAAUACGGGCUGUAUGGCUCGACUGAAUGGGUUGAGGAGUACGCACCCUGGCUUGCGCAGACCAGUCUGGCGUACCUCAACAUAGACGUUGGCGCCUCAGGGCCACGACCCCGAUUCUCUGCCACACCAGAGCUGCACACCAUCGUACAGGACGUCAUGAAGAAGGUGUUGUGGCCGCACUCAGGUUCAGAUGAGCUCAACCGUACAAUGUACGAUGCCUGGUACGACGAGACUGACGGAAACGUCGGCGUCUUGGGAAGCGGGUCCGACUACACAGCAUUUGUGCACAACGGCAUCGGCUCGGUCGAUGUCGGCUCUUCUGGCGGCCCAAACGAUGCUGUUUAUCACUACCAUUCCAACUACGAUAGUUAUUACUGGAUGACUACCUAUGGCGAUCCAGGGUUUGUGGUCCACAAGGCCAUGGGCCAAUUCCUCACCCUGCUGGCUUAUCACCUCGCGGACGAUCCGAUAAUUCCUCUCGACCUCCCUAACUAUACAAGUCAGCUGCGGUCUUACCUGGCGGAGCUUCGUGGCACGAUUGCCGAGGCUGGUGUUGAGCUCGACGUUGAGCCCCUGGCAGAUGCUAUCGGCACUUUCGAGGCUUCUGCCAACAGGAUAGCUGCACUUGCUGCCGAGGCCACCGUGACGGGGGACGCAGUUCUUGUCGAUCGAGUAAACACAAAGUAUCGCGACUUCCAGCGUGGAUUCGCCUCACAGGGUGGUCUACCAGAUCGCAGCUUCUUCAAGCAUGUUGUCUUUGCCCCAGGAGUAGACACCGGGUAUGCGCCAGUCAUAUAUCCAGGAAUCACGGAGGCAGUUGCGGCUGGAAAUACUUCGCUCGCGUCAUCGGAGGUGCAGAGGACCACUGCAGCUGUUGCAGCAGCCGCGGCCAUCUUAACCCCAUAG